AUGCGUCUCACUAUCCCUUACCCAUUACAGGACGAAGAUGAACCAUUUUUGUCCGACAGUAGGGAAGUCAUCGGACAGCGCCAUUGUGAGAAAAAACUGGUUCCACGCCGCAAAAUUGCUCCAAACAUGAGACAGGGGAAAAAAACAUCCGGCAAGAGAAACUGGAUCAUUUCAUCAAUUUCCAAAGAGCAGCAACCAGUUCUUUCAAGGGAGCUAAAUCCACAGCCUCAGAUUCGGGCUUCUUCGCCUGUCAUUCCCGACAAUUUGACUCUUAUAGAUACCGGUGACAAGAUAGUGACAAAUCGCACCCGUAAAGUGGACUCAAUUCAAACUGGACAGACCAGCUCGCGUUUUGUGCCUUUCGUCCCCAAUUGGAGAUACGAGCGGCGUGUAGAGACCACUCACAGAACUCUUUCCGUUCAUACGAUUGAGAAUAAUUCAGAAUCAAGCCCUGUUCUCGCUCAUGAUACCUCAAGCCGUGUCUUUUUUGUUUUCAUUCUUGUCACUGUCAUCUUGAUUUUUAGCUCUCUAACGGGCCAACUCAUUGAGGCUGUGAAACAGAACACAGGGCUGAAGUGA